AUGAAUAGACUAGCAUUACUGAGGUAUAGGUACUGUCCUCGAAGAUUUCAAAGUACCAAGGAUGACGGAGGCUAUCUGGCAGCCAGGUUACAAGAGUUGAAGGAACAGAAUGACCCAAAUCCAGAUGACCCGCUGGUAAAGCUGACCCAAGGCAAAAGUCUGGUGGAUGAGGAUGCAGAGCUGCAGAAGAUUUAUCAGAAACUGGAUCAGAAAGCUUUCGAGGAGAGAUAUCGCCGUGAGAUACAGUAUGCAAAGAUUCCAAACCAUGUCAAUCAGCAAUCGAAAGAUACUGCGGUCUCUGAGCCUUGGACGGGAGAGGAGGGCGUAGAGUUCACAUCCUUGAGGAUGAUUUUGGACUCUACCGGUAAACCUGACGGUUCUUCCUCGUCAGUCGCUGCAAACGUUGGCUUCAUUAAUGCUGCACUGCCCGCCAAGGAACCGAGAGCUGUCAGAGCAAGCAAGAGCUUCAGACGUAAGCUGGAGGAUGCUCAAGACAGAGUUUUGAAGUUCCAACGAGAUCAAAAGCAAGAGAUCGACGAGACUGAACAGUCAGAGUUUAGAACGCUCUAUGCUGAGAAAUUCACGCCGAUAGGAUCCUUUGAGAAGUUACGUUCCUUGGCUGAUCAAAGGAUCGAGGAGAGCAUGAAGCAGGGCGGAUUUGAUGGUUUGGAGCAUAUCAAAGGUAAACCCUCCUCAUUUGUGCAGCUCAAUCAGCACAUUGAUAGGACAGAACAUCAUCUGAAUAAUAUGCUUGUACGACAGAAUAUCGCUCCGCCUUGGAUUGAAAGCCAAGGAAGGGUGAAUGGCGACAUCUCUGCAUUCAGAAGGGAAGCUGCUUCCAUGUUCGAAAAUGAACUGCUGGCUUAUCUGGAUAAGACAGGAAUCUUGCGCCAUAAUGCUACCUGGGAGAGUGCAAAAUCGGAAAUCACUUCAAGGUUUGGAUCUACUGGGGAACUUCUUCAGGCAAGGUUCUCUCUUUGGAAGACCUCUCAAAGAUCAUAUUUCGAGAGUCGAAUAAAAACGCUAAACAGUGGUUUGCGAACUUACAAUCUGCAAGCUCCUUUAUCAACGCAGAAAUUAUACCUGCUUCCUGAAAAGGAGUUUGACAGAGCUUAUAAUUCGAUUGAUUUGGAAAAAUUGGUUAUUGAAACAUUACAAGAAAGGAUGAAACAAACAGCUGAUUCAAAUGCAGACCGUAGCGAUGGCGGCUUCUCGCUUUUCCGCAAGAGUCUGAAAUUUUGGUAA